AUGUGUUCGAAUUUAUACUAUAAGGAGGAAUUAUUUUUAAUCUUCAAAUUUUAUGAGAGAGAUUUAAGGAGAAAAGAAAUAAUAUCAAAAGGUUAUCAUUAUGAGGGAAAAAAAAAGAAAUUAAUUAAAUUAAUAAAAUAGAAAUUCAUAAUGUAAGGUAAAUUAUUUAGAAUGGAAGUAAAGAAAUUAUAAUGUGAUAUUUUAUUAAAUGAUUUAUUUUAAAGUAUUGAUAAAUAAUAAGAAAUUUAUAAUUUUUAUGUCUAAUUGGGGCUUUUAAUAAUUAAUUUUAGGUUGAUAAAAAAAAUAAAAUAAAAUUUGAAUGAAUUGAAUGAAAUUUAAUAAAAGAUAUAUAUAAAUUUUAGGAGAGGAAGUAAUAAAUAAUAAAUAAAUUAGAUGUAAAUAAAAGAAAGGAUGGAGUGAGGGAUACAAUUAGUAAGAAUAAAAGUAUUGUUGUUGAUAAUAAUAAAAUUGAGUUAAUAUAUAAUUAUGAAAUUUCUUAUGAUAAUGACUAAUAUAAAUAUAUAUAUAUGUAAUAGGGAUAACUAUUAAAUUUGUAGAGAUUGGAAAGGUUUUAUAUGUAGACGUUGUCUUAGAAUGGAUGGGAGUCUCCACUUGUAGUGAAUGCAGCAGUAGAUUUUGCAAAUACAUUGAUAAAGGAUGGAAGAAUUCUUUUGAAAUAGGGAAAUAAUACUUAAGCAGAAAUGUUUUUUAAUAGAGCAAAAGAGGUAUAGAAUAGUUUAGGAAUAUAUAGAUAACUACUCCGAUAUCAAUUACAAGUGGAAUAUUUUAUACAAAUACUUUUGUGAAAUCUAGGGGUCACGCAAUAUUGUAGAUUUCAUAAUUGUAUGAGUAAUAAGGAUAAUAUUAGAAAGCUUGGAUGAAUUUAAGAGAUGUAUUACCAUUUAUGGAUAAAUUUGCUUACUCAAAAAGAGUGAAUAUAAGUGAGGAGGAUAAGUAAAUAUUAAAAUUAUAUGCAUAACUACUAUUUCAUGGAAGUGAAGUAUGUAGAAUGAUGCAUCGUAAAGAUGAUAUGUUAGAUUAAUGUAAUAAAUUGGUGGACAUAUUGUAAAGAUUGGGAAUCACAUUUGAUUCUUUAAGGACAUUAACAAAAGAGGAGUUUCAUUAAGAAUAUAGGAAAUGGUUUAUGAUGUUAGCAAGAGCAUUUUAUUAUAUAGGGAAAUCAUAAUUUAAAGUAGGAUUUGAGAGAGAAUCAUUACGAAAUUUAUAUAAGGCAUGGUAAAUUUAGGAAUUAAUAUUUGGAUCAGAUGCACCUACUACUAUGAAAGCAAGAGACAAAUAUGAAAAAUUAAGUUAGAAGAUGGAAUUUGAGAUGAUUAUGGGUUAAGAGAAAGUGGAUUUUUAAUAAUUUAAAGCAGAUCUAUAAAAAGAUGUUGGAUAAGAAUUGUUACGGAAAGUAGCUCCAUUAAAACCUAAUAAGAAUUUUGAUGUACAAUUAAUAGAUUUAAUAUUGAUAGCAUCACAUGUAGAAACAAGUUAAAUCAUACUAAUCAAUAGUAAGAUAAUUGUCAUCUCAUUCUACCAAAUAUUAGAUGCCAGAAUAUGUAAAGAAAGUUAGAUAUGAAUAUGAAGAAAAGUUAAAGACCAUUUCAAAUCAAUAACAAAUAGAAGAUUAUUAAUAAUAAUAAGAAAAAGUGUUUUAAAUCAAACACUAACAUUAGAAAUCCUCAUCAAGAGGAGCAUCCACUUAUAUGAAUUAAUCACUUCUUUCUUAAGAUAAAUUAUUCUCUCCAAGAUUAUCUUUGGCAAUGCAUUCAUAGAGAAAUAGUUAAUUAAUGGAUAAUUAUAUGGAUAAAUUGAAGUAUCUAUAAUAUAUAUUUAAUUUAGAAUUUAAUUAUAAGAAACAUAACUUAAAACAGAACCCAUAGAUGAAAUGAUGUUAGCCAGACCUUAAUUUAAAUCAGAACAUAUCUAAUUAAGAAAGAAAACCAGUAAAUAAGGAGAAACUACUGAAUAAAUUAUUGCAAAUAAAAAAAAAAUUAAAUCUAACAGACUUAUACCUAGAAUGUUGAAUAAAUAAGGUACACAAAUGAUGCAUAAUAAAUCUGAUACUCAAUAAAGUGAAUAAAAAUUAACCAAAAUGUAAACAGUUUAAGAUUUGAAUAUGCAAUAAUAACAAUUAGAUGAGAUUAGAGUACCUACUACUGAAUCAGUAUUGGCAUAAUAAUAAUAAUCUCCUCAAUAAUAAACUAUGAUUCCUCAUUUAUCACAUGUUUAAACUGAAAAUACAGAAUAAAGUGAUACUCUCUAUAAUGAAUUAUUAAAUAAAUAUACUAUUGAAUAACUCAAUGUAGCAGCAAAUAUUAUUUAGUAAUAUUUUAGAAAAUAUAAAUGUAAUAUUAAAAAAGUUACUACCAUUCAUAAUAUUGAAUAUACUCCUUUAUCUAUUUCAAAACCAUAGACUUAAACUAUUUGUACUGAUAAAAUAGAUACUACUUAAACUAACACCAGAAUUACUAGUACUAUGAAAGUUUCAGUUAAAGAACUUAAAAAUUCUAUUCGUAAAGGAGGUAGAUUUGAUCAGAUUGUUCGAGAAAUAAAAAACAAUGAAGCUGAAUAAAUUAGUACAAACAAAGCUAAAACUGUAAUAUUUAUUAAUUAUAUUUAUUUUAGUUAGUUUCAAUUAUUAAUGAUUUCUAUAAUCUUCCAGAAUAAGAAUUAUAUUUCUUGGGUAAAUUAUUCUUUGAUGAUCAGAUCAAAAUAUGGAAAUUAUCAAAUAUCUCCAUUUGUGCUUUUAGUGAUGUUUCAUAGACAAAUAGUUAAACAGAAGAAGAUGAAUAAAAUUAUGUUUUCAACACUCCAUCUCCCAUAAGUACUUUAUAUCUUUAAUUAAUUAAGAACAUUAACUUUAACAUAUAAUGAACAUUUUCACUGAUUAAAAAGCCAUUAUUGCAUUGUAACUCAUUGUCUUCUUCUCUCUAUAAAAUGACAAUUAAUAAUACAAUCUCAAUUUUAAAAUUAAUAAUUUUAUUAGUUAUCUUGAUGAAUAUUAAAGAUGGUUUUGUAAAGAUCGUUUAGAAAAUUUCAAUGGUCUUUUAAGUAUAUAUUGUAAAUAGUAAAAUCUAUAUGAGCCAAACAAAUGCAAUACUAUAGUAUUCUUAAAAGCUGAAUUUGCUUAAUAACUUAUAGGUAAAUUAAUAUAUGCACUUAAAAAUCAUUAUUAUUUGAUAAGAUCAAUUGUUGGUUAUAAAUUAGUUUCAAUGAAAGAUGCUAUCAAUAAAAAAUUACUUGAUUAAAUUAUUGAUAAUACUAAAUGUUACAGAAAUAAGAAGAUCUAAAAAGAAAGAAAAAGAAUUAUGGUAUUAAAACAAUUUAAAAAUGAACCCAUCAAAUUAAUAUAACAUUAAUAUCCACAUUAAGAAUAAGCAACUAUAACUUUAUCUACAUAGAGAAGAAAUUAAAUUUAUACUGAAGAAUUUAUUCAUGAAUAAAGCAUUGAAAUUCAAGAAUCUGAUGAUAAUAAAUCUGAAUAUUCUCAUUAAAAUGCUAUACAAUCUCAUAAAAAAUGCCCUUCUAUUAAUCUCAAAUCAUUUGAUAAUAGUUCUGAAAGAGAAUAAGUUAAUUAACCACCUUAAAGAAAACCUAAAAAAUAAUAUACAGCUAUUCAUAACAGAAAUACAAUGAUAAGUCCAAGAUUUGAACCUAUUGUUUCAUCAUAAGCAAUUAUUAGAAAUAGUCUUAUUCCUAAAAUUGGUAGUCAAUUCUCUGAAUUUGCUAAAAAACAUAAAGAAGCUUAUGAACCACCAUAAUCUAAAAAAAGUUUAGAAGAAUUGUAAGAAUAUAAAGAUAGAUCUCAUUCAGAAAUUUUAUUAGUCCGAGAAUAUUUCCCAGAAUUCUAAUUAGCUAAUUUAGAUGAUUAUCAAGAUUAUUAACCAAAAGAAGGUCCUAUAAUUAAAUUUAAUACACAAAUGAACUUGGAACCUUAUUUCCCACCAUAAGGCAUUGUUAUAUAACCAGAAUCUGAAUAAUUCAUUAAUGAAUAUCCAGAUAACUAUGUUGCACUUAAUCUAAUUUUAAAGGAAAAUAAUACUCUAUUUACCUCAUUUAUUCUAUUACAGGAUUCUAAAAGCUAUUUAGUUAUUAAUAAUUAAGAUGGAAAUUCUGUAAAAAAAUAAAUUAAUAUUGAUUUUGGAAUGAGAUUACCAGAUACAAAAAAAAAAUUAGAAAUUAUUAAUAUUUUAAUGUAAGAAGAUAAAAUACUUAAAUUAUCAUUUAUAGAAGAAUUACUCUCAUACAAUUUUAGACAUACACUGAUUUUGUUAGAUAGAUAUGUUAAAAGGAUUAAUCAUUAUGAUAUUUAAAUAAGAAACGAAGUUUAUGAACAAUUAUAAGCUGAUCAAUUAUUACCUUUGACUAAUAUUAAUAGCUUAAUUUAUUCAGAAAGAAUGGCCUCAUUAGCCCUUGAUUAAAAAGGAUCUUAAAUAGAUAAUGAUGAAUGUUUUUAAUAAUCUAUUUUAGCAGACUCUAAACAUGACAGUUACGAUGAAAGUGUAUUAGAAGAAAAAUCAUUUAAAAACUAUAGAAGUAAAUUCAAUAUUAUGAAAAAUAAAUUCUAUUUUAAAGAUAAAAACUACUAUUUUAGGGUUGAAGUGUGUUUCAAAGAAACAAAAAUCUUUGACACUAAAUUAUUAUAUUUAAGUGAUCAGUAGGCCAAAUAAGAUUUGAUAGUUUUGAAAAAGAAUAUGCAUGAACUCAUAGGAUAAAAAAAAUUACAAAUUAAAAUUAGAUUAUAUUAUCCUAACUAAAGAUUAACAUACUAUAGAACAAUAAAUUAAUUACAAGAUCUUGAGAAAAUAUUACAUAUCUUCAAUAAAACUUAGUUAAUAGGUCAUCAAAUUAGAUCACAAUCGAAAAUUUAACGUAGAUUAAUAGGUAAAGCAUUACAAUUCAAAAGAUAAUAGAUUACUUUAGAAGAGAGAAAUAGAGAUAAAUAUAGUGCUUUAGAUCAGUUUUUAUUAAUGUACAUUUCUGAUCCGUUGUAAUUUAUAAGCAAUGAAAAUCAAAGACUAUUGAAACAAACUAUUCUUUUUUAUUAUUUUAAAUAGCAAUUGAAAUUAACUUUAAUUUCAUCAAGUCGUUUGAGAUAUUUUAUGAAUACUUAUUUCCUUAGGAAAACUUUUAAUGCCCAGAGUAGAGUCAGUAAUAUUGGUAAAGUCUUUGUUGAAUGUGAAGUGUACUAAUUCAAUAAAUUUUAUUUCGAUCAAGAAAAUGGAGAACAUACCUACUUUUAUUUUUAAAUAACUCCAUAAGAAAGUAGAACCAAAAUAUUCAAAUUAGUCUUAGAUCUUGCAGAUAUCUAAAGCAUCUGUCCAAAAGUUGCAUUCAAUAAUUGUUUUAAUGAUAAGAUUUUACAUGAUAUUCUCAAAAUUUUAACUGCCUAUUUAGUUUGUUACAGAACCAACACUUAUCAUGGAGUUAAAAUACCAUUAUCGUAUAUCAUUAAUCAAUCAAAAUAUGAUCUUCAUAAUACAUUUACUGAAGUUACAUAUGGAAGUAACAUAUUAGAAGAACAAUAAAGUGUUAGAAUAUCCCAACCCAAAUUAUCUAUUUUAUUAAAUGAUAAUGGAUUUCGAAAGAAAUCUUAAACUCAAAUCAUGGAUGUCUAAAUAGAUAAUUUAUAAUUACCUGAAGAGGCCAGUAGAAUUUUAAAGAAUACUUCUAUGUUAACAGCAGUAUUUAGAGGAUAAAAGUUUAUAUAUAAAACCACAAAAGUAGUAAAUUCCAUGUAUGUAAUAAUUACUGUCUCAUAUCUGUCAAUAAAUAAAUUUUAAAUAGGAUUGUAUAUUCCAUAAACUUGUAGAAAUUUUAGUUGUUAUAUCUAAUAGAGUGACUUUCAAUAAAUGAGUCCUGAGUUUUUAGAAUCUAUUUUUCCAUCAUGUUUGGUUACAAAAGAAACCAUAGAUUAGUUUUAUAUUAAUAGAUGGAAAUUUUCUGAAAUAAGUAAGAUAUAUUAGAUGGCUGUAAAUCAUCCAGAAGAAUUUGAAGAUUUUUAUAGUGAAAUGAGAAGUUAAGCAAGAGCAAUUCCAUAAUUGGAAUUAUAAAAAUUAACAGAGAGCAAAGUAUCUAUUAAUAAUGAAGAUGAAUUACUUGAAAGGCCAAAUGAUGAAACCCCUAAAUUACUUGAAUCAUUUAGUGAUUAAAGUAGAUAGAAUGUAAGAUCUUCUACAUAACCACCGAUUUUUUUGAAAAAAUAGAUUGCUAAAUAAUAUAGUGUUUAAAAUUCUUUAGGUAAUUUAAAUCCUAAUCGAUUAUUAUUGCCUACUUAGUAAAAUAUUGCUCGUACAGAUAAAAGUCUAUUUUUUAAACAUAGUCCACGAAUUUCAAAUUAAGGAAGCAUGGAAAAUUACUAUUAAAGUGAUAAAGAUUUAUUUUUUAAUUAAAUACUUGUAAGAAAAAACAAUCUGGAUAUGAUAUCAACUUUUGAAAUAAAGAUAUGGGAAACUCUAAUGAAUAAAAUAACAAUUACUAAGAAUUCUUAAAAUCAUUUCAUUUUUAAUCUUGAUUCAUUUUAAGGAGUUUUGAGAGAAAAUCUCUAUACUCAAGUAGUGUAUUUGGGUAAUGAAGUUAAUGCCUUAUUUGAAGUAUUUGUUGAAAAUGGUCGAAAACCAUUGGACAUGUUCAAAGGUUGUGUUCCAAUUAGAUUGAAUGAGAGCUAAAACUUUUAACUCUAUCAAAGAAUCACAUUAUUUGAAGAAUUAAAGAUUGUUAACUUUAAAUUAAUGUUACGUAAAGUCUUAUAUAGUUAUUAUAAUGAUGAAAGAAGAAAUCUAUAGAAUCUGAAGCUGAAAGAUUGUUUUGCAGAUUAAUAUGAAUUCAUACAAUCAGAUAUUUAGAAAUGUUCAGUGUACAUGUUGAACAAAUUGAAAAAGCAAUUGAAAUUGAAUCCAAGUACAUUCAUUAUUUAAGAUGUUAUGGGAGAUGAUAAAUGUCCAUAAUUAAUAAAGGUUAAUGCUAAUUAUAAAUAAUAUGCUGCAUUUAAAGUAUAAUUCUUAAAUUAUAAUAUUAGCAAUAUUAAUAUGUUUUAUUGAAGAGAAUGAUAUUUACAAUGAGACCAACACAGAUAUAUGUUUCUAUUUUUUAUUAAGAGAAACGAAGAAAGUUUCAUUUAUAUUUUGAGAGUAUGAAAAAUUGUAAGAAUGUUACAAUAAAAUAUUCUCUAAAGGAUAUAUAGUAAUGUAUUCCUAGCGCAAUAAGUUUAUUAAAUUUAGGAUUACAUUAAGAAUUAGGGAAAAGAAUAUAUCAGAGUUUUAAAAACAGACUACUAGUUUCUACUUAUUAAUAAUUGCUAUGA